UGGAAUAGAUAAGAUUCCAUCUCAGACUUUGCAGAUAUUAGAAGGACACAAAGAUGAAGUCUGGUUUUUGGAGUUCUCUCAUAACGGGAAGUGUUUGGCCUCGUCAUCUGCUGAUUGUUCAGUAAUUAUAUGGGAGGUGAAGUUGGAUGGAAGGUUAUGCUUGAAGCACAAAGUUAUUGGUCAUGAGGAGCCUGUGUGCUUUGUAUCAUGGAGCCCUGAUGAUAGUCAGCUUCUCACCUGUGGCCUGGAAGAGGUCGUUAGACUGUGGGAUGUAGACUCCGGUGAGUGUAUACGUCUUUAUGAGAAAAAUGGUCUUGGUUUUAUUUCGUGUGGAUGGGCUCCAGAUGGGGAAAGGAUAUUUUGCGGUGUUACUAACAAAAGCAUUAGCAUGUGGGAUCUUCAAGGGAAAGAGCUGCGGUGUUGGAAAGGCCAUCGGAUUACUAAAAUAGCUGAUUUGGGGAUAACAAGUGAUGGGAAACAGAUGGUCUCUCUUUGUAAAAAUAAUGUGAUACUGUUAGUUGGAUUGGAAUCAAAAACAGAGAAAAUAAUUGUAGAGGAUGAAGUAAUAACUUCAUUUGUAUUGUCCCCAGACGGUAAAUACGUAUUGGUAAGUCUGUUGAAUCAAGAAAUCCAUCUCUGGAGUAUAGAUGGGGUUAUAAAACUCGUACACAUUUAUAAAGGCCAUAAGCAAGAACGCUUCAUCAUAAAACCUUGCUUUGGUGGACUUCGUCAAGCUUUCAUCGCCAGUGGAAGUGAGGAUUCACAGGUAUAUAUAUGGGACAGAUGUUCACAACAACUCCUCCGGAAGUUAGCUGGACAUUCUGGGACUGUCAACUGUGUUAGUUGGAACCCAGCAAAUCCUCAUAUGCUGGCAUCAGGAAGUGAUGAUCAGACCAUUCGCAUAUGGGGUUUAAAUCCUGCAAACGUGAUGAAGCACAAUGACGAGGGAGCUGUAAGUAAUUGUGUGGGCGACUGCCAUUGCAGAACGUGAAUUCUUGGAGGUGGAAUGAGCGAGUGAGUCGUUACAAGAUCUCUCUCCAUGACCAGUUGCUUUCGAUGUAUAAUCUCUUUACAUUAUUAAGCUUAACCUUUAAGACAAACAAGAAUGUACAACUUGCUUUCAGUUCAGAAAUAAAUGUUGAACUUCUCCA